AUGUGGGCCGGACUGCUGAUCCGGGCCGCCUGCGCCGCGCUCCUGCUGCCAGGGGCCACCGGCAGGGGCUACCCCGGGAGGAAGACGCCUGGGCACUUUGUCGCGGAGAGACGCCGACUGGGUCCCCAUGUCUGUCUCUCAGGCUUCGGCAGUGGGUGCUGCCCUGGAUGGGCGCCCUCCAUGGGCAGUGGGCAUUGUACCUUGCCGCUCUGCUCCUUUGGCUGUGGGAAUGGCAUCUGCAUCGCUCCCAAUGUCUGCUCCUGCCAGGAUGGAGAACAAGGGGCCACCUGCCCAGAAGCCUAUGGACCCUGUGGGGAAUACGGCUGUGACCUUACCUGUAACCAUGGCGGCUGUCAGGAGGUGGCACGAGUGUGCCCUGUGGGCUUCUCAAUGACAGAGACAGCUGUUGGCAUCAGGUGUACAGACAUUGAUGAAUGCUUGAGCUCCUCUUGCGAAGGCCACUGUGUGAACACGGAAGGCGGGUUUGUGUGUGAGUGUGGGCCUGGAAUGCAGCUGUCUGCUGACCGCCACAGCUGUCAAGACACUGACGAAUGUCUGGGAACCCCCUGCCAGCAGAGGUGUAAAAACAGCUUGGGCAGCUACAGGUGUUCCUGUAGACCGGGCUUCCAUCUCCAUGGCAACCAGCACUCGUGUGUAGAUAUAAACGAGUGUCGUCGGCCGCUGGAAAGGCGAGUUUGUCACCAUUCCUGCCACAACACCGUGGGUAGCUUCCUGUGCUCAUGCAGAUCUGGAUUCAGGCUCAGAGCUGAUGGGGUGUCUUGUGAAGCUUUCCCAAAAGCCCUGUUGGUCCCGUCUGCCAUCCUACAGCCUCUACAGCAGCCCCCCAAAAUGCUACUGCUGCUGCCCCCAGAUGCCAGUCAGCGGGCCCUCUCCCCAGGACACAGCCCUCCUCCUGGAGCUCCAGGGCCCCCAACUGGAGUCAGGACCACCUGCCUGCCACCUCCCACCCCGGCACUACCCACGUCUUCCCCUCCUGCCCCCAGCCAGCUGCUCUCUACUGUGAUGGCUGCCCCAGGGCCCAGUGCCUCCCUGCUGGUCAGCCCUUCCCCGCCCCAGGGCUCUGAAACUGGUGUAAGGCUGGCUGCUGGGUCCUCACCUUGCUGGCACCAGGGAGCCAUGCGCCAGCCCGGGAGCCACUGGACAGAACCUGGGUGUAGCCAGUGCUGGUGUAAGGACGGGGAGGUGACCUGUGGAAAGGUGACGUGUGAGACCACCUGUUCCCACCCGAUUCCCGCCACAGACGGGGGCUGCUGCCCAUCUUGCUCAGGCUGUUUUCACAGUGGCGUCAUCCAUGCAGAAGGUGAAGUCUUUUCCCCUCCCCACUCGAACUGCACCAUUUGUGUUUGUCUGACUGGGAACGUGUCCUGCAUCUCCCCCAAGUGUCCUCCCGGCCCCUGCCAGAGUCCCCCGCAGUCGGAUUGUUGUACUUGUAUUCCAGUAAGGUGCUAUUUCCGUGGCCAAUGGUAUGCAGAUGGAGCUGUCUUCAGUGGGGGUGAUGAUGAGUGUACCACCUGUGCCUGCCAGAAUGGGGAGGUGGAAUGCUCCUUCACGCCAUGUCCAGAGCUGGACUGUCCCCGUGAGGAAUGGUGGCUGGGCCCUGGACAGUGCUGCUUCACCUGCCGGGAGCCCAGGCCCAUGACAGGCUGCUCUCUCGACGACAACGGGGUUGAAUUUCCAGUUGGACAGAUCUGGUCGCCUGGUGACCCCUGUGAGUUAUGCAUCUGCCAGGCAGAUGGCUCAGUGAGCUGUAAGAGGACAGACUGCGUGGAUUCCUGCCCUCAUCCGAUUCGGAUCCCUGGACAAUGCUGCCCUGACUGUUCAGCAGGCUGCACAUACACAGGCAGAAUCUUCUACAACAACGAGACCUUCCCGUCUGUGCUGGACCCCUGUCUGAGCUGCAUCUGCCUGUUGGGCUCAGUGGCCUGCUCGCCCGUGGACUGCCCCAUCACCUGUACCUACCCCUUUCACCCCGAUGGGGAAUGCUGCCCCGUGUGCCGAGACUGCAACUAUGAAGGAAGGAAGGUGGCCAACGGCCAGGUGUUCACCUUGGAUGAUGAGCCGUGUACCCGGUGCACCUGUCAGCUGGGAGAGGUGAGCUGUGAGAAGGUCCCCUGCCACCACGACUGUGCAGACCCCCACGUCCCCCCCAGGGACUGCUGCUCCUCCUGCCCAGAGUCCCCCAUCCCUCCGGAAGGAAGACGGAGGCUCCCUGCUGGUGGGGACGUGGAGUUCAGCAAGGCUGCCCCGGAGCCUCAUGAGGACACAGAGGCCCUCCCAAGUGCUGUCCACUGUAGUACCUGCCCGGGGACCCCUCCAGCAGCAUCCUGUCAGAGACUAGCCCUCCCUGUCUCCCAACUCCUCUUAAGGACGAACUUGUCCAACACACGGACCUCAUGCUCAGGCCACUCCGGAGCCUAGGCCUCGCCCUCACCCCUGUAUGGACCAGGGGACAUGUUCCCAAGGGAGCCCAGGACCUCCAGUCCCCAGCCCUCCUCAGGGCCCUCCACCCCUCCAGUAGCUUCCACUCUACCUCCAGCCUCUCCGGAGCUUCCUUGGGCACCUCCCAUGACUCCCCAGCCCUCCUCUGUCUCCAAGGCCGGGACGGCAUCCAGGUGGCCUUCCCUGCCUGCUACCACACUGGCUAAAACAUUAACACUUUCCACAACUGCCUCCAGCCCCUCAAACACCUCCGUGACCUUCCUAAGACCUCAGACCCUCCCCACCACUUCCAGACUCUCUGUUGCCCAGGCAGCCACAACCGGCUGCGCCCCCCGGAAACCCACUGUCUCCAGGGAAGAGGAACCCACGGUGUAA